AUGAGCAAAUGUAACUCUGACGGAUCUGGAGGCCGCGGGCGAUUGACCCCCACGGCUCAAACUUCCAUUCGAUCAGCAAAACCACCCUUGGUGUUGCUCGCUCAGUGGGACGCGGAUCUUGUGAUCAAAGAGAUCUUCUCUCACGCCCUAGAACAUACCACAAACCGCUUCCUUCACAGAAUCCGUGAUCUUCUUAUUCAUGUUUCCCCGAAGUCAAAGCAACAGGUCGAAGAAGACCUAGAGACACUUGUCAACGACAUAUGGGAAGGCACUACAGCAAUACACUAUGCUGCAGCCCAGCCGGGGGCAGCUUUGGAGGUGCUUCUGCCUUUCGCAAGGAAUAUAGACCUGCCAGAUAAUGACGGGUCAACACCUUUGAUCCUUGCCGCAGUCCGUGGCCAUUGCCGGAGCGUGCGGGUUCUCCUCAAGGCCGGCGCCAAGGUAGAUGCUGUUGAUCCAUGGAACCAAACGGCAUUGUUCACCGCGGUUGAUGUUGGCGCAGUGGAUGUUGUUCGAACACUGCUUGAGUUUGGGGCCGACCCUAACAUUUCAUCUAUCAACGGUCAUUCACCACUUGCGCUUGCUACAGGGAAGAACAGUUCAGAAAUGGUUGAAAUAUUAUUGGAGUUCUCAGCGGACCUUGAUGCUCCCGCAUUCGAUGGAAAACCCAUCCCUUUCUUAGCUAGCUGGAUGGGAAGUACUGAUGCUCUCGAGAUCCUGGUACGACAUAUAGACGUGGAUCAAGUUUGGCGGAAUGAGCGCUUGAUUCACAUGGCGUGCUUCAAGGGAUGGAAAGGGGUCGUUGACAAGCUUAUCGAGAAGCAUGCAAACCUCAAUGAUCCUCCCAGAGAUCUGCCAAAAGCUUCACCAGUGGCUCUGGCCGUUGAGUCGGGCCAUAGUGAUAUUCUGAGGGCCCUUUUAGCUGCGGGUGCUGCAGUCGAGUGCCCUGUGAAGGGAAUGAGCUCUCCCCUACACAUCGCAGUGGCGGCUCAGAAUUUACUAGGAUGCGAGCUACUCCUUGAUGCUGGGUGCCAAGUCAACGCGGAAGACAAGGAUGGAAGCACGGCUCUUUCAAUAGCAGCAGAUCUAAACGAUCUCGACAUGGUCGAAUGCCUUAUCUCUCACGGAGCUGAUCCAAGCAGACCGGAUUAUGAAACACCACUUCAUAUUGCGGUCGACUGGGGGAAUUUUGACAUGGUCGAAAUUAUUCUUUCGAGUCGGUUCUUUUCCGAUAUAGACGCGAAAGGUGAAAAAGGAUUCACAGCUCUUGGUAUCGCAGCGACAACUGGGAGAUUGGACAUCGUCAGUAUGCUUCUUGAUCACGGAGCAGAUCCAAACAUGCGGACUGGACCACAUAACUCAGGCGCUCCACUACACAUCGCAGCCAACAAAGGUCAUCGAAGUAUAGUGAUAGAACUCCUGAAGCGAGGAGCAGAUCCUUACCCGGAAACUACCAAAAAGUCAAGUGCCUUUCAUGCUGCUUGUAUAGGGGGCUGGUUGGACGUGAUGGAAACCUUCUUGGAGGUUGUUGAUAAUGUUGGCGAGUUGGUCAACUUCGAAUGGGGCUGGGCUGGAACUCCUUUGAAAGCAGCUGCAUCAGGUGGGAGACUGGAUGCAGUGAAGCUACUUCUCAGUAAAGGCGCCGACCCAAACAAACAGCUGCAAUCCAAGAUUAAUAAGGGCCAGACUAUCAUCCAUGCCGCCGCUGGGGGAGGUAAUACCCAGGUUUUGGAAGUCAUACUCGGCGCAGUCGAUGAUUCGUCACUUGAGAUACGUGAUAGAGCUCAAAGGACACCGCUAUGGUACGCUUGUGUGGAAGGACACGAGGAUAUGGUCAAAUAUCUACUUGAAAGAGGAGCGUCAACAGAUGUCAUCUUUGAUGAUGGAGAAAACAUCAUACCUACCAUUGUGUCUGGUGGAUCUGAGAGGAAUCUGAAACUUGUAUUGGAGAAGAAUCCCGACCUCGACACCGACUGCAUCUUAGCAGAUGGCGAGACCCCAUUAUUCAAGGCGGUUUAUUGUGGCCAUGGCAAGAUCGUGUCGAUCCUCUUGGAACGUGGUGCAGAUGUGAACAGUAGAUCGAAAUAUGGAAACGUCCCAGUCUUUGGGGCGAUCACUAAUCGUCAGAAUGAGACUUUACGGAUUCUUCUUGAGCAUGAGUCUAUCGAUCUGACUCAGCGGGACUCCUUCGACCGGACUGCGCUUCAGAUAGCACUGCAAUCAGGGACGAGUUUGAUGCCUGCCAUGGUGUUAGGUGCUGCCAAAGACUCGGAUGUAGAGACGAUACUUACCGAGAACCGAGACAUGUACGGGCUCAACGCUUAUGACCUGACCAGGCCUGAAGCCAAUAAUCCAGCGCCAUUCGAUCGCUGUGUCGAAGGUGUACGUCAGGACGCCCAAAGACUAUUGGAUGAUUUCGACCUACACGGAGUAAGAUGGGAGCGCCUUGGCAAGUUCCUGCUCCAGCUUGGGUCGUACAGUUUCGCCCAAAUUGCUCUUCAAAGAAGUGCUCGAGUUGUAGAGACAACCCCCUUAGUUUUGAAGCAUGACAACUACUGUGAUAUGUGUCUUGACACAAUUGCAGGUCCUCGCUACGUUUGUUGCACAUGCUGCACAGUCGAUCUCUGCGGAGUGUGCGCCAGACGGGACAAGAAACCGGGGAAUCGGACUUGGACCUGUGAUUAUCACUCCUUUCUUGCUAUCAACUUGCCCAAGAUACAGGGCCCAGAUGUAAUGUUGAGGACUGAGGUUGACUUCCACGUACCAUCACGGCUGUCUCCCAUCGAGGAGGUAGAAUCUGAAACUAGCCAAGGGUGGACAGAAGCAGAUGGUAAUGAAUACUUUCGGGAGCCGCCAUCUCUGCUGGAUGAUGAGGAUGCCCAGGAUGACGUCUCUUUAUCCUCGGGCGACACUUCCAACAGCCAUACAAUGGCAAUCGAACCUAUCUCCACACAGUCGUCGACAGCGGUGACUAGCUACUCUUUCAACGACGGCGAACUCCUAGAUAAUGCGACUAACAAGAGCCGUGUGUUAGCAAAGGAAGAGUGGUCAGACAGAACUGAGGACGAGCUUCGAGAGUUUCUCGAAGCAGUUCUCAAAACUUUCACUACCUACCAGACGCCAAAUGGAAUAUCCAAGUGGAACUUUUCGGCCGAUGGGUGGACGUUGAGGUAUAAAGAUGAUGCUCUGAAAUACACAUGGGUGGAGGGGGAUGAGAAUGCGAAGCUUAUCCCGUCUGUACGAGAGUGGACGCCGCUUCAGCCGUUGACAGAGGCAUACUAUUACCUGUCAGGGCUUUCGUAUCUCAUGGCAGACGUACCACUGUACCUAGUUGCAACUGGCCUAGCGUUCCAUGGAUAUGAAGAUGAAGCCUUGAAAAGAAGGAAGAGGUUGCAGCGGCUGCACCACAAGGUGAUCUUUCCUGUGAGGCGUCAUGGGGAAGUCGUAGUCUGA